AUGCCCUUCAGCCAGUGCGGCAACUUGGUGCUGGCGAAGCAGGAGGGCCGCAAGAUCCAGGCGGACCAGGUGGCAAGCCUCAUUGCGCCGGGGGGCGUCUUCGCCAGGGACGAGCCCCCGACGCCCAGAACCCCAAGGCCCAAGGUGACCACCUACUCGGAGGCCUACCCAGGACUGCAGCCUGCGCCCGGCGGAGCUGCGUUUGCGCCGGUGCAAGGCCGCUUCAGCGUGCGACCCCAGGAGGCGCAAGCAUCCCGAACGGGGCUGAAAUGGUUGCUUGAGAUUGGAUGCGCCUUUGGAGUGUGGCAUUGUCACAUUGGCCAUUGGCCCUCUUUUGGCUCGCAGCCUGCAGUCAUGGCGCGGCGCCUUGCGACCUUGGCCGUGGCCGUGGCCCUGGCAACCCAUUUUGGGUCGACCUUCACCAACUGGCUGCCCUCGAACCCCGUGGAGCGCUUGGGGCUGCGCUUCAACGAUGGCGACAAAGACCCCAUCCUAGGGGCGCAGCCUCGGCUCACAGACUACGACGACUUGCCCCGACGCUUUGACCGUGAGCGCCUGCUGGACUUCUUCAGCUCUCGGCCGGGGGAGAUCGCGUGGCGGUGGUCGGAGAUCGUCCAGGAGCUUUGGCCCUGCUGGGACCAUUGGCACCAGGACGAAAAGCUGCCACCGGAGCAGCGCACCCGCGGCGCCAAGCUCCGCACCGCUCUCUCCAAGCUGGGCCCCGUUUUCGUGAAGAUCGGACAGACCCUCUCGGAGCGACCGGACCUCAUCGGUGAUGAAGCAGCAGAUGAGCUGAAGCUGCUUCAGCAGGAGAACGAGGCGUUCUCCACGGACCUGGCCUUCGCCAUCAUCUUGGAGGAUCUGAACCACUCGGGGCCGCUGGUGGUUGGGGGCCCCGUGAGAGGGGACCCCAACCACCCCCCGCUCUUCGCCUCCAUCACCCCGCAGCCCGUGGCCGCCGCCUCGCUGGGCCAAGUCUACCAAGCCACCACCCUGGACGGCCGCACCGUGGCCGUGAAGGUGCAGCGACCUGGAAGCCUGCGACAGGUCGCGCUGGACUGGACCUGCUGGGCGAUGGGGCUGACGGUCAUGGACCUCUAUUGGGGAGGGCAGGGUGACGAGUACCCGUUAAUUGCGGAUGAGGUGGCAUCGGGGGUCUUUAAGGAGCUGGACUAUCACAACGAGGCCGCGAACGCGGAGAUCUUCCUGAAGAAGCAUCGGUUCCUUCCCUUCAUCACGGCCCCCCACUGGGUGCCUGAGCUCACCGGGCCCAAGGGCACUGCUCGUGUGCUGACUCAAGAGUGGAUUCAUGGCCGGAAGCUGCAGGAGAUCGAGAGCGAGGAGGAGCGGAUGAGGAUGGUGGACAUGGCAGUGGAGGCCUGCGUGUCCUCGCUGCUCUUCACGGGCUUCGUGCACGCGGACCCCCACGCGGGGAACCUGAUCCUCACGGAGGACGGGCGCCUCGCCUUCCUGGACUUCGGGCUGAUGGGCACCGUGGAGCCCCACAUCAUGGAGGGCUUCUCCGCAGGGAUACAGCACCUCCUGGCCGAGCGCUGGCUUCCGCUCGCCAAGGUCAUGCAAGAUGUGGGCUUUAUGGCCAUCGGUGAAGGGGGCGGCUUCAUGAAAGUAGUGGAUCCGACGGCGCGAGUUUUUGAGUACACUUCGUGCCCGGACAAGGAGUUUGCUGCGGCCCUCGAGGAGCAAAUGAAGACUGAGGAUGGCGGGCUCAGCCGCUUUGGGGCGCUGGCCACAGCGCUGACCAAACUGUCACAGAAUUAUCACAUGCUGAUGCCUGGCUACAUCAUCCUCUUCAUCCGGACCUUCUUGACUCUGGAGGGUAUUGCUGGUGUUGUGAGACCCGACUUCAACAUCUACGAGGCUUCGCUGCCGUACGCCAUGCAGCGGGCCCUCUCCCCGCAGACCGAGGCUGCCGUUGCGGCCCUGCGGGAGAACUUUGUCACGGAGGAGGGCGCUCCGAAGUGGGACACCUUGGAUUCUUUGCUCGCGCAGGCGGACCAGGCAGACCAGGCAGAAGCCACAGCCGAAGCGGCCGAAGCGGCCCCACGCGCCGCGUCCGCAUCUUCCACGGCGGCUUCAACCGAUUCAGCGGCUUCCACGUCUUCGGGGACGGCGGCGUCGGCGUCCUACGGUGCGGUGCUGCAGCGUGUGCUGGGCUCGCCCGAAGGCUUCGCCCUGCGUCGGAUCUUCGUGGACCUGGACGCGCGGCAGUUGCUGCACGGCCUCAACGGGCGCCGUGGCACGCGGCUCCGCACCUUGGCCGCGGCCGCCCUGGGCCAGCGCCUCUCGGAGCUCAGCUGGAGGCCUAGGCCUCUGAGGCCUCUGAGGCGCCUGCGCCGUCUCCGGGCCUUCCGGGCCCGGCCCUCAGGGCCCGUGGGCUUCGAAGCCCGGCAGCGCGAGCGCAGGCACAAAUCCCUCCGGGUCAUCGGUGGCUUGCAGCUUCAACGCUUCAAAGGCCACCACGGAGUUUUGGCCUUGCUGGCCAUGCUGGGUAUCACCUUCAGAGUCUAUUUCUGGGCCUUGGUUAAGGCAACCGCAGACCGCAUUGUGGUAAGAGAGCCUUUGGAGACCUGGAGGGAAAGUCUGAAGGAAAGCCGAGCCCUCGACCCCUCGGCAGCUUCCAGGGAAUGGAAUCGGCAGCGGCGAACGCGCGAGGAGCAGGAGAGGCGCUGGCGCCGGUGGAUGAAGUCCCGAGGUGAAGGCGCGCUGCAAGGCCCAAGGGCUCUAGGGGCUCUAGGCACUGCGGCUUUUCAACUCGAUACUCGAUCCCGUCGCAUCCGCUGA